AUGCAUCUAGAAGUAUGCUCAAGGGCAGGGAAGCAAACGUUUCUGGUCUCUUUUGUAUAUGCUUUAAAUGAUGAGAAAGGAAGAGUAUCACUAUGGAGUGAUUUAAAAGAAAUUGCAGCAAUGAGCAGAGGUCCUUGGCUUAUUCUAGGGGAUUUUAAUGACAUAUUAAGUGCUGAGGAAAGAAUUGGGGGCAAAAGUAAACAGGCAAUCUUAGGUGCUUUCAAGGAGUGUGUGGAGAGUUGUGGGGUGGAGGAUAUAAAAUACACAGGGUCAUUUUACACCUGGAACAACAAACAAGAUCAGUCUAAUCGGAUUUGCUCCAAGAUUGAUAGGGUAAUGGCAAACCAAGAUUGGAUAGAAAAAUUUCCCACAACUGAAGUUGUUUUUUUACCAGAGGGAAAUUUUGAUCACUGCCCAGCGUUGCUAUCUGUGUAUCCUGAUGUGGCAGAAGGCAAAAAACGUUUUAGGUACUUCAGGAUGUGGCAAAAUUAUCCAUCAUUUCAGGAGGGUCUGACAGUAAUAUGGCAGGAACAAGAUACAAACACACCUAUGUUUCAGCUAGUGAAGAAGUUAAAAAGAGUCAAACAGUUAUUAAGAGACAUGAAUAAAUCUGAGAUAGGAGAUAUUCAAGCAACAAAUACAUAG